AUGGGCACCCUCGUAUCUUUUUCCGCGGCAGCCUUCACUUCAGUUCCUUUGUUUGCACCGGAUCGCAGCUAUCUCGGUGCAAAUGCUGUAUCCUCUGCCUCUCCCGGCUCUUCUCCGGUCCCCUUUCGUGCGGUUUUACUAGUUCUGACCAGUGAAGAGGGUGAGGCUGGUUCGUCAGGUAGACGCUUCCCUCUUCUCCUGGCCGUUUUGAUGAUCCUAGGAUCUGGGCUUUACCGGGACAUCGCGCUUGGACCGAUUGGCUGGUGCCUGGUAUCUAGUUCCGUCAAUGCGGAUUCUAGCUGCUGA